AUGAAAAGUCGAAAGACCGAAGCUGCGCCUGGACGAUUGUCGAAACUUUUGUCACCCGUCAAGUCGUUUAUGAAUCAUAUUCUACGUCGUCCACGAUACCUUGAUCCAUUCACACUGCCUGCAGGUCGCCUGAAUUCACCACCAGUAACAACUGCAUCCUCACCACCUAUCUCUUCGUCCUCGCUGCCAUCGCUACCACGAGGCUCUGACGUUCGAGUCGUGGCUACCUCCUUACCGCCUGCAUCUUCCCGGGCCGUGGCGCCGCUUCGAGAUCUUAAUCAGAGAGAUAAACAACCACCAGCGCGUAAAUUCACCGGGCUAGCUGGAACAAGCUGGAACAUACUGCGGCAGACUUUAAGCAUCACGAAGAACUUUUCAGACCCGUUUCCGCCCCUAAAGGCUGCGGUAACUGGACUACUAAUGGUCAUGGAUUACGUCGAGAAAGUCAACGAUGUCCAAACAGAUUUCGGUGAGCUCGCCGUACGGAUGGAGGGGCUGAACACUUUGUUACAACGGUAUCAAAAUCAAGAAGCGGACCUUCCGGUUUCAGUGAGCACUCGAUUGAACAAUUUCGCUCGUGCACUUAACAGUCAAAUUGAGGUCAUAUAUGAUAAGAUGCGUCGCGGAGUCGUUAAGCGGACUCUUGAGGCGCCCGACGACUCGCAGGAGAUUGUACGAAUCCUCCGGACACUGGCAGCAUUAGUAGACGGAUUCACUAUCGAAACUACACUCAGUACAGACAUAAAUGUGGAAGCAAUACGUUCCCAACUUGGAAAUUUCACACAAGGAAUUCCACGAGUCAAUAUUCAUGAUGUCCUUUGUCCAGUCCUAAGUGCAUUAUGUGACCCAGAAGGAUAUCCGGAAGAGUAUAAGGGCUGUCUGCCCGGUACAUGUAGAGCUUCUCUCCAUACCGCUGUGGAGAAUCUCAAAUUAUCAUUCGAUUCUAACGUCAAUCAGAAGUUCUGGUUGACUGGAGUCGCUGGAAGUGGAAAGUCAACAAUUUCAACAAGUUUAGCAACAACUCUUCGUGCAGAAGGUGUCACUGUCGCGACGUUCUUUUGCAAACGUGACCAGGCUAGUAGACGAGAUCCUCGUCGUGUUAUUCCCACCCUUGCUUGGUAUCUGGCGUCCACUUUUCCGGGAUUCCGUGAAAAACUUGGACCAACCCUACUUGAACUGAAGGAAGGUCGCAGGGCAUUACCUUCCAAUCCCACAGCUCAGCUAGACACACUCAUAUUGGAGCCACUUCAAGGACUCGUCAUGUCGUACGGCUCGCAUUCGUCCCCCUCAAUUUCAUCACCUAUCGUCAUCCUGAUUGAUGCCCUAGAUGAGAGUGAUGACCACUCCCGCCAUCUUCUAGUGGACGCAUUCAUAAGCGACUCGAUUGGAUUCCCCAUCGGAGUAUCGGUGGUGCUCGUCAGUCGAAAGACUUGGGAUCUACAGAAGAAACUUCAAAGUCUCCCGAUACUUCUUGAUCUUGACCAGCGUCUUCAUAACCCUAGUAUGGACUCCGACAUCCGACUUUACCUCGAAAACAGGUUGCGAGAUAUACGAGACCAACAGGAGGAAGAGCCGAACUGGCCUUCUGAAUUUGAGGUGUCAAGUCUCACAAGGCGCGCUGAUGGUCUUUUCAUCUGGGCUGUUAUUGCAUGCAAUUUCAUUGAACAACCCAGCUGUCGUGAUGAACUUUCCCGUCUAUUGAAAACAAACGUUGUUGUCGGAAUCGAUGAUCUGUAUGCUCAUGCUCUAGGAUCUGAAUUCUCAAAGAUGCAAGGAAAGGUCGCUUGGUUGGAGGAUUACCGAACGAUCAUGGGUUGUAUCAUUUGCAGUAUUUCGCCUCUUUCUCCUGUGGACAUUGCUUGCCUUAUUGCACGGCCUCUCAAUGUAGUGAAUGCAACACUCAGCAUCCUUCAGCCGUUAUUGUAUCGGGAUGAAAAGCAUCUUGUCCGCUUGGUUCAUGCUUCUCUCGCCGAUUUUCUUCUUGAUGAAGGGAGAAGUCAGCAGCUAUGGGUUGCUCACUCAUAUCUGCACGCAACAUUAUCUCGGGGAUGCCUAAAUGCUUUGAUCCGGUUUUCUCAGGAAUCUUCAUCAUUAUUAGAUCUCAAAGCACUCAGUCAUCCCUCAAGCUUUAUACACAUAAGAUAUGAUGAAAUACCAUCCCACAUUCAGUAUAGUUCUGCUUUUUGGGCUAGCCACCUUGAUCAAGCACACCUAGGUGAAAUAGAGCUUUCCCAAAUUUCACAUGUAGUUGAAACAUUUCUGAAGACCUCCUUCUUGUCAUGGGUGGAGAUCCUUAGCAUACUUCAUACUGUUGCAAAUGGGCUUCAUUCACUUGAAAUACUUUGUAAAUGGGCUCAGGAGCGGAAAGCAUCAUUUCAAAACCUUGCCUCAGAUAGUCAUUAUUUUCUUGAGACCUUCCGAGUACCCAUCCAAAAUAGCCCAGCUCACAUAUACAUUUCUGCCCUCCCUUGGGCACCCCCAGCUUCUUUGAUAGCCCAGAUUUAUCUACAGAAGUUGGAUCCAGAGAGAUGUAACCUACCUGUGGUUCUCUCUGGCUUACCCUUAAACUGGCCAUCAGAUUACAGCCUCAACACUCUGGGCCUCAAUAUGGAGGAGAUCUCGGGUGAACACACUAAUGGGUUCCUCAUGUUCUCCCCAGAUGGUAGCCUGUUGGCUCAUGCCACGGGGCAAGAGUUGCGUGUAUGGGAAGUUCAGAGUGGUCUUCUUAUCUGUGGACCCCUUCUUCACAAUUCAAAAAUUCUCGCCCUGGAAGUUUCUGCUGACAACAGAUACAUUGCAUCUGCGGCGAUAAGCAUUACUGAUCAUAGUUAUGAUCUCAGUCUCAAUGUUGUGGUUUUCCGCAUCACGACUGAGACAAUGUCUCCCAUUUUCUUUCGAGGCAUCAAAGUUGCUACAGUUCCGGAACAGACAACCAUGAAAUUUAUGGUCUUCUCGACAGAUAAUAAGCAGCUGCAUACUGUAACAGAUUAUCUCGACUUUGGUCAAGAAAUGGACACAUGGUAUAUAGAGACUGGUGAACCAAUCAAGCCCUCCCCUCAACAUACUUUACCUCCGUCGAACUUACAAUCAACUAAGAAAGCAAUAUUUGAACAUGCAACUGGCUGGCUUCUGAAUGACAACCACUUUGGGGCAUCCAGUGCCUAUUGCUUUAUACCAUAUUACGCAUGGAAUAUCAGAAAUAUCAUGUUACAGCUUCCAUGCGCUACUGCGGUCCAUGAAUCCUCCGUAAUUGCUCUUGCUUUUGACACAAAUCCUAUUAUAGUUCAAUUUCCGAGGGAUUGGGAGACGGAAGACAUACGGAGCAGAAGCAAUAGCGUGAGCUCAGUAUCUACAUCUUCAGAUAUGGCAAGGGAGGUCUUUUCAUGGAACCCAAAGUACAAAGCUUCCUUCUCAUCUAUAUCCCUCGAAAUACCCCCGCAACCAACCGACGGUUUCCAAGAACCAAUCAACGUUUGCCAAGAACGGAAUGAAGACGAUUUUGGUCAUGAAUCCUUUGACGGGAAUCUAGAAUCGUCUUAUGCGAACCCGUCAUUCUUUGGCUUGGAUGAAGCAGCAAUAUUCGCAAGGUACCAGUCCUUACUCACGGAUAUACGGUUCUCCGAACUCUGCGAGAAUUUUGUAACACAAAAUGAAGAAAGAAGCAUGGUGUUUUCGAGUGAAGUACAAUACUUCUCUGAAGACCCAGUUUCGAGUGAGUUUCCGGACGUUACUCGUCCCCUUACUUGA